AUAACAACAUAUGGCAGAUAUUUAAAAGGUCUGACGUACCGUUACACAUUUUAUUUUGCUUUAUGUUCAUUAAUAAGUCGAUGAAAAUCUUAACAGAUACUGCCAUCAAUUUCGCGUGCAACUUCUUCGAUUUGUUAGUUAACCUCUAUGCCGAAUAAUAUUUAGCAGGUGAAUUGCUAUCCGUUUAAACCUUCGUUAACGUGUAUGACAAUACAGUCACGCAACCACUUAGAAAGUCUUGGUUGCCGUGUAAAUGGCUGUUUACAUAGACCGUAACAUAUUUCAUAUUGGUGCAACCUCGUAUGAGAAUGAUGGGUGUCGGAAUAUUUCACUGGAAACCUCUGACUAUUCAUUCAACAACCAUGUCAAUGCCUAUUUUGAAGAUGAUACAAAUGUUGACUUAGAUACCAGUUUACUGUCAGCAGACAAAAAAUCUUACAAUGAAGUAAGAGAAUGGCCAAAUGGAGAUUCAUUUCACGGGAAUUUCUUUGAUCGAAAACGUAAUGCCUGGGGAUUUUAUCAGUGGGACAACGGAGAAAAAUAUUUUGGAACAUUUUUUAAUGACAAAAAACAUGGUUGCGGAUUUUAUGUCUGGCCUAAUGGAUCAAAUUAUCUGGGUACAUUUUAUCUAGAUAAAAGGUCAGGAUAUGGAAUUAUGCGGUAUUCUGAUGAUUCAAUUUAUGAGGGAUUUUUCUCAGAAGAUCAACGUUACGGUCCUGGUAUUCUUCUUACAAAUGCAACAAAAUCAACACCUCUACAAAUCGAUGUUGGUUAUUGGAAAAAUGACCGAUUAAUACGUUUACGCAAGCCUGUACUUACUACUAAAAAACAAAAUAAUGAAUUUCAAUUUAUUAAACAAUUUCCACAAUAUGAUUUUUAUAAAUUAGUUAACUUAGAAUUAAUGUUUAAACAUUUUCAAUAUCAAAAAUCUAUGAAAAAAAUAGAUCAACUAUUGAACAAUGAACAGGUUUAUAAAUAUAAUGAGAAAUUCGUACAAAAUUCAAAUGAGUUUAUUUCAAACAGUUAUAGUGAAAAUUCUUCAACAAAUUUAUUGAUUCAAAUGAUAGAAAAUAUAUUGAAACAAAGCAAUUUAUCGGCAUCAUUUCAAGUUUGGAAUAAGCAAAGUCCACUUUUUGAAAAAUUUAUUGCAGAUCAGUGUUUUCAACAAUUAAUAUACUGUAUGCCGACAUUUAUCGACUUGUCUGCUUUCGGACUAGCAGAUUUGCAGAAUAUUUUACAAAUUAUUAAACCAAGCAGUCAGAAUGUCAGUCUAAAUCUAGAUGAAAGCAACGGUUUAUUGAAUUCAGUCUACAAGGAAACUUAUGAUGCAGAAGAAGAGUCAAAAAUGACUGUUUUGAAACAAAGGUUAAUCAAUGAUUCAGUAAAACAAAUGCCACUGGAAACUAAUUUAAAACAUGAUUCUUUGUUUGAUCCACAAUUUCAACAGAAUCAAACAGUUUGUCUAGUGAAUAUGCGAUCAGAAAUAUCAAAAAUUGCACAUUUACAAGAAUUCUUACGUAAUUCAACUUCUAAGUUAUCUUGGUGUAAUGUAACCACAAGUUCAUACAUGGAAAAACAACCUGAUAGCAAACAUAAUCAAUUAAAGAAUGAUGAUGAAAAAUUUAAAAACAUUGGAAACAUUGAACAUUGUUCAAAUGAUCAAUUAUUCCUUAAAAAUUGGUCAAGUAUUUGGCAUAAAUUAUCUACACGUUUAAAAAAACUGCCCAGUAAAGAAAAACUGAAAAAGUAUAACAAUACUAAUCUACACACCUUGUCUACGGGUAAAUAUGAAACAUUAGCUAUUCAAUUUAUUCAAUAUUGUUUUAAUGGUCAAUUUGAAAAAGUUAAACAUUUACUACAAAUUGAAAACCAAAUUGGUAAAAAUCAAUUUUGUGUUGAUCCAAAUAUCGCUGAUAGUCAUGGACAAUUUGGUUUAUUAGGUGCAGUGUUAACUUGGAAUAUGAAAUUGGUUAAUUUGUUGUUAGAUUUUGGUGCAAAUAUCAAUCAGUUGACAGAUGAUGGUUUAACUGUAUUCACAAUAUGUUUAUUGAAAUAUUAUGAAUUAUUUGAUCAAAUUACACGGAUCAAUAAGUAUGCUGAAGAUGAACAAAGUGAACGAUCUAGUCAAGGUCGAAAUGAUGGGGACCACCGAGAACAUCAACACCCGCGACAACACAUACUCCCCAUCAUUACCAAAUCACCACGGAAUGACGAUGAUGCUCCUGAUAUUGAUGUCAAUGAAAAUGUUGGCGACAAUAAUGAGAAGACUAGCAAUACAGUGGUGAAGAGAUCUAGCUUACCUACUGGUCGAAAUUAUGUCUAUCGUGUUGAAUUGCCUAUCCUAUUGUCAACCACAACCUCGGAGAGUUUGUUGUCGUUACGUCGAGCUGCUAGACUGUCACAAAUACGUAGAAUGCAUUUAAAUAAAAUUAGAGCACGUCGUUUGAUUAUGACAAAAUCAGAUGAAAUGAGAAAACCUAUGCAAACUAUGAAAACUGUAGAACAAUCAUUACAAGAUAAAGAGGAUUUAACCAAUAUUGAUCAACAGAAAUUUCCUACUUUUCAACGUUUUACCAAUUGUUUAACUCGUUUCCAUACUGAAGCUGAUUUUAAACUAAAUUUGGCAAAAGAAGUGACGUCUUUUGGAAUCAGUUUAUCAAAUUCACAUUUAGAUAACACAAAAUUUAGUCGUUCUAAUUCAUCAAAAUCAAAAUAUAUUCCAGGUCGUAGGAGUAGACCACAAACACUAUCAUUAGACAGAAGAAAAAAGCAGGCAUUAAUCGAUGUUGCUUCUAAGGAUGUUUUAAUCAACCAGCCUUAUAGAGUAAUAUCACCAUUAAUACGUGAGACUGCAGCGCAUGAAUUAGCAAAGAAUCCAUACUUUUUAGCCUCACAUUCAAUUAAUACGUCAAAUGCUGAUGAUCAGUCGAAUGAAAAGAUUAAAACCUCCACACCAGAUAAUGAAAAGAUCAUUGAAGAUUGUAGUAUGAGUAAAAUUUCAUUGGAUCAACAGGCUGUACUUUUAGCAAAACAGAAACAAAUGAUGAAUAUCAUAGAUUUAUUGUUGAAACGUGGUGCAAAUCCAAAUACCGGUAUUCGACCAUUACCAGCAUUAUUUUUAGCUGUACAAGCCGGUGACCCAGAUAUGGUCCGUAAAUUGAUACAUCAUGGAGCUGAUACAAAUAUAUGCCUAAGGGUAGAUAACCCAUUGAAUUCGGAAAACGUUAUUUCACAAGGAAUUUGUAUUGAUGAAGAUGAGACUCCAUUAGUACCAAGUUUAGAUGGUUUAACUGUUCUACACUAUGCUGUUCUAGUCCCUGAUGAAAUGGGUGUAAAGUUGACAGAAAUCCUACUCAAAGAUGGUAUGGCUGAUCCAAAUAAACAAGCAUCAUUGGAUGAUAGCUUUAAACUGAAAAGUCAAUUCACCAGGGGAAUCCAGUCUGGAAAUUCCAGUGUAUGUUUCUUUAUUCCCAUGAAUGAUUAUAUACGGAGAAUUUUUCAUACAUUUCAGUAAUAUACGGUACAUGUCUUGUAUAUUUUUGGUAUAUGUACAUAUAUCCCUUUUCAUUCAUUAUGAUUUGUCUGUUGUUCAUCUGAGUUUUACUUUUCAACCUGUGCAAGGUUAUGAAACAUAAGAUGUUCAUGAUUUACUGUGAAGUAUGUCUUCAUUCUAUCUUACGAGCUGUGACUGUGACAUUGGCUAUGAAUGACCAAGAGAUACUUUGCGGCUGAUUGGUUCAUUUAGUUUCCCCAUAUCUGUUAAUUAAAAAGUGAUUCAU